AGAAUGGCACGAACUCCUUGCCGAAGGACUCGUGGCACUCGGCUGCUGGCGACCAGGGACGAUUAUGGCCCCGAAAGAACUUUGUGUAAUCAGUGCGUGAUGCUAAGCAAAUUAGUUUAGUGUGGUUUUAGUGCGCAACGUUGACAGACGGUCUGCUCGCAUUUACUUUCCCUACAGUGUCGAAGUUGCGACUGCUCCUUUCGUGAAUCCUUGCUCGAGACAAGUGCGUGCGAUUAGACGGCGUUUUUGAACUCAAUGUGCCGUGUGAGCCCGCCAAAUUUUCCAAAGAUGGCGCCUUCGAAAUCAUAAAUAUUGGCCUUUCACUAGGGAGCUGACCUCUGGCACUGCAACUGCAGUGAUGCACUCCAAAUGUUAUUCAGACUCUCGGCAUGAAGCUGAGCAAUUGAAUGCACAAACAUUUUUGAGAAUUGCAACAAAUCGAGGCUAAAUCGAGCAAACUAGAGGAAGGAAAAGGGACUGCUCGAAAAACACAGCAAAGGACAAAAGCAAUCAGAGUGUAAACAACGUUACAAGCAGGACUAAACAAAACAGGAAUUGCAUAAUCAAAUCGGCCCGGCGCGGCGCAAGCGAACAAAAAAGACGGAACGGAAAAAAUUGAAAUUAAAAUAUUUCCGCUGACAGCGGAGUCAGCAACGCUGGCACAAUGAAACUGCACCGGAAGCGCGAAAUGUCGGAAAUAUCCUCUCGGCUAAUUGUUGCCGCCGCCUCGGUCAUCUGUCUGACGGUAUCUCUCACACUAUGCACCGCCCAGGAAAACGACGACGAGGAUGGCGUCCUGCACCACCUCGAUAUGCACCACCAGCAGCAGGACUUUAUUAUUGGCGAGUCAGAGGAGCGGGAUCACAUUGCACAUCACUUGGCGGAAAUGCAAAAUAAGGAUGAGCUACUUGAGGACAUACGCGAGGAUACGGUCGUGAAUGCGAUUCCCGAGAAAGAUCUUCCAAAGUUUGGCGGGCUCUUGCAGAAUGUGACUGUCCCCGUGAGCCGUGAGGCUGUUCUCCAGUGUGUUGUUGAUAAUUUGCAGACUUACAAGAUUGCGUGGCUACGUGUCGAUACACAGACCAUUUUAACGAUACAAAAUCACGUCAUAACCAAAAAUCAUCGCAUGAGCAUAACUCAUGCCGAGAAACGUGCUUGGAUAUUGCGUAUACGAGAUGUAAAGGAGUCCGACAAAGGCUGGUACAUGUGCCAAAUCAACACGGACCCCAUGAAGAGCCAAGUGGGCUACCUAGACGUUGUGGUGCCCCCCGACAUACUGGACUAUCCGACCAGCACUGAUAUGGUAAUACGUGAGGGCUCCAACGUAACCCUAAAGUGCGCCGCGACUGGCUCUCCAACUCCGACGAUAACCUGGCGACGCGAAGGUGGCGAAGUGAUACCGCUUCCCAACGGGGUCGAGACCGUCGCCUACAAUGGAUCCUCCCUGACCAUCUCCAAAGUGAACCGCCUGAACAUGGGAGCCUAUCUCUGCAUCGCCUCCAAUGGAAUCCCCCCAACAGUCAGCAAGCGUGUUAUGCUCAUUGUGCACUUUCCUCCAAUGAUUUGGAUACAAAAUCAAUUGGUUGGCGCAGCUCUAAACCAAAACAUAACUCUGGAAUGCCAGUCCGAAGCGUAUCCCAAGUCCAUCAAUUACUGGAUGAAGAACGAUACGAUUAUUGUGCCAGGUGAGCGCUUUGUUCCGGAAACCUUUGAUUCCGGCUAUAAAAUAACAAUGCGCCUGACCAUAUAUGAUGUCGACAUCCAGGACUUCGGGGCAUAUCGUUGCGUGGCCAAGAACUCCCUGGGCGACACCGACGGUGGAAUCAAACUCUAUCACAUUCCCCAGACUACCACGAUGACAACAAUGGCCCCGACCGUAUCGAUCAACACGGUUCCCGUGCACAUUGUCAAGUAUAACAAAGAACAACGAUACAGCAGCAACAACAACCAGAAUGCCAACAGCAAUCCCUACAAUUUCAAUUCCGGCAACAAUCAGCAGAACACGAAGCUGCAACGCAACAAACCCAACGGCAAGGGCCUGGAUCAGUCCCCCUCGGGGGUAAACAACUUCUUCGUGGGAGCCACUUCGAGCUUGUGGAACACUCAGGAUCACUACGGCGGUACGAAUUCCCGGGGGAGGUACUAUCACCAGCAACAGCAACAGCCACAACAUCACGGACCCGAUCACGGAAGCAUCUAUCGAUCGGACGGCAAAAUUCCCCAACUCAUAAAGCACGAUGCCAAGUCCUUGACAGACGACCUCGAUCGAAUUCAGGAUCUGAAGAGUGGGGCCCUGCGAAUUGGAUCCUUUUUGGUGGAAAUCCUCGUUUCUUUGUUGGCUUUUGGAGUGGUCUUCUCAUGGACGUGGCUGGAUUAGAAUUUUCCCUGCAAAUAUUGUACAAAAAUUAGGAAAAUCCGCGAGGCGAAAUUUGAAAUUAGUUUAAGAUACAUUACUUUGUAAGCAAUAAUCUUACAGGACUAUUUGGUCAGGGUGGAUCGUUUAUUUUUGUGCGGAGUGCAACGUUGCUUACUGUAAAAAGUUGUUGAUAUUAAGGUAAUUUAGUAAUUAAGUGGCAAGGUCAAAGUUAAAAUUGUGGGUUCGUCAAAAACGCAAUGGAAAUACAAAGUAUUAGAAUGUAACUCUGAGAACUUAAAAGUCACUGGGGCAUCCGAGGUUAUAGCCUUUUCCUUUAAACCCCGUUCUAGCUUAGUUUCCAAGCACUGCAAGCUGUAUAUUAACUACUACAUGAAGAGAAUGUCAUUUUGCUUUAAUCGAAAUAAAAAAAGCCGUCUUACGUGUAA